AUGUUGCCGCGGAAAGUAGGCCCGGAGCAUGAGCUGGUUGUGCUGGACUCCUUCUGGGUGGGGCUGCAGGACGAAGCGGCCAGUGAGUCCUCCUUCCUGCGAGGCACCGGCAGCACGUUCGAGAAGGCUGCGUGGCGCAAGGCCUUGGCACAGCUGGCGCCCUCGACGCUGACGCAGUUCCUGAACGGGCGUCCAGCCAAAAUGCCGUGGAAGCUGGCCGGACCGCUAAAGCCCUUCGCAAGGCUGCCCGCGCUGGAGCGUGCCAAGCUUGUGCAGGAAGUCGGCUUGUACGUCUACCAGGUACUGCCCGCUCCAGAGCGCCAGGCCAGCGACCCCGGCAGUGAUGUUGACUGGGAUGCCGAGGAGGACACUGUUGAUGCCGGGGGCGAGGAUGUGAGCGCCACUGUCGCUCCGGACCUGAAGCGGCGGCGGCUAGGCUCCAAGUCGGCGCCUGUGCGCUUCGUGCCCACGGACAUGCAAGCUGUUCUCCCAACAGAGCUGGACAGUAGUAGGCUCUCCCGUGAGAUAGGAGACAUAGCUAGUGUGGACUGGAAAUGCGGGAAGCGCAAACCGGAGCAGCUGGUGCCACUGAUCAUCCAGGGAGUCCGCGCGGACACAGUGCGGCCGACGCUGCAAGCCGUAGUGGGCAAAGAGGAUGGCCUGACCUACUACGCCAGCCAGCCUCUGCGGCAGAGCGUCUCCGCCAUGCGCCUGCUGACGGCCGCCCAGAAUGUGCAAGAGGCCUACAGCAGAUUACCACUCUUGCUGUCGCCCAGCACUCCGUGUGUGGUGCCACAAUGUGGGUUCCGAGUGGAGAUCGUGGAGGACGACUACCCCGGGGAGGACCGAACCCAGGACCCGACCACGGACGGCGCGUCUGAUGUGGGCACGGCGGCGGCUGUGCGGCUGGGCCUCAUCAAGAGCGAGACUGACAUCAACUCGUACUCGCCGACACAGUUCCGUGGCCUUCUCCGCGUCGGGCCAUUGUGGCAUGUGCUCGUGAAAGGCAUGCUGAUGAUCGACUGCCGCAGAAAAGACGGGCUCCACAUCCGGAGGAGCUGCAGCAAACUGCACAUGCACUACCUGAGCCCUGUCUCGUCAGAGCACCUCGGGCUCGACCUAACACAGAACACGGAGGCAGCCAUGCAGGCCGCGCGGAUAAACUGUCAAACCACAGCCGCGCUCGCCAUGCGGGCUAUGGCCUAUAAGACAGAGGCUGCCCGUGUGGUCGCGCUGGGCCUGCUGGACACAUUGCUUCAGACACUGCAAGCUGCCACCGUGCUUCACUUCGCGAGCGUGGCAUGGGGCAUCAAGAACAGCCUUCUCGAAGCUCCAGCAGAAGCCGUGAAGCGUUUGUCUCCGCCAGCCCCCACACGGGGCGACAAACGCCAGGCGGAGAUGAACGAGGAACGGCAGUUUGUCAAUCGGGUCGGGAAACACGAGGUCACAGUCCGAGCCGCAGCCGAUGAAGAAGAGGUGGAGAGCGAUCUGGCCCAGCUCACCAAGGAAGUCGAGGAGAUGCACCCGUGGGACUUGGCGCGGGGAACCAAGCGGGCAGUUCUCGGAGGCGGUGGCGCAUUCAACGGCCUCCUGACGCAGUGCAGACACGACCCUCAGCUCGUCCUGCCCGGAGGCGCAUGGGUUCUGACAUCGCUGCCCGACAUCUGGAAGGGACUUGAGGACAAGCAGUGCUAUGUCUUCGCGAACGGCGUCAACAUCGUGGGUAGGGUUGCCGUGUGGCGCAGCCCGGUCGUGCAACCGGGAGACAUCCAGGUAUGGGAGGCAAAGGAAUGGCCUGCCCACCAACGCGCCCCGCCGAGGAACUGCAUCGUCUGCACAGUGCGUGGGCCUGGCGUCACGGCGCUGUCUGGCGGAGAUUCGGAUGGCGACACAGUCUUCGUGACCUUGAACGCCGACCUGAUCGAGUUCCUGGACCACACGGAGCCGGCUGUGGCAGCUUUGGACCUCGAGGGCGCCGCGCAGCCAAAGAAAGAACUCGAGCAGGAAGACAGGAUUCGGUUUUCCCUGUGUGAGGAUAGGACUCCAGAAUAUUUGCGGUACAUGCUUCGCGUGCCAACGCUCAACGUCCGUGGCCUGGCAACUGCAAUGGCAGAAAAAUGCCAGCAGGCGGUGUGUGAGUCGCCAGGAGAUCCGGCCAAGUACCAGUGCAUGCUGCGCGUGGGGUUUCUCUGCCAUGCAGCCUACGACUGCCCCAAGAAGUUUUCUGGGCAGUACGUCUUGGCCGCCAUUCGCCGCGAGAUGCGUGCAGCAGGCAUCGCGCAGAGCACCUUCCGUUCCACGUUUGCAUUUGCGUGGACUCUGUGCUCACACGGCCUUCCACCCUACCAACGUAAGCCGUGGGAACUGAAGCCAGUACAAGCCCUGCUGAAGGAGGAGAUCAACGCGAAGAGCCUGGAGCUUGGCCGGAUUUGGUUCCCGGGCGACAAAAUCGUUUUGGGAGCACGCGCAGGUCGGUGGAUACGGUGCAUCUGGUUGAACAUGAAGCGCAAUGAGGCGCUGGCCUGGCGUCGGGAAGCCCGCACAUGCCCCCUGCUGGAGAUUGCCUGCCUGUUACACCACGCCCUAGGCCGUGAACAGUGGCGCCAGGAGCUUCUUUCAGAAGAGCACAUUGCCUCCCUGCAGCUCGCUAUGCAGAAUUUGCACUCCGGCCGGGCCAUCAGCACGCUCCGCGGGCUCCUGGACAGCACCCUGUUCUGA